AUGUGGGUGCGCUCUCCAGGUGCUGGGCCGAGAAACACGGUGAAUGCCGACAGAGGGCGCCGCGCGCUCGAGCUUGGCGCCGCAGAGAAGUCGCUCCUGCGGGACUCGUCCCCCGCCUCGGGCACGGACCGGGACUCGCCCGAGCCGCUGCUGAAGGCGGCCGCGGAGCACAAGGAGCUGGACUCGAAGAGCCCCGACGAGAUCGUGCUGGAGGAGAGCGACGCGGAGGAGCCCAAGAAGGAGGACGGCGGCGAGGAGUGGAAGAAGCGCGAGGGCAGCCCCGAGAAGAAGCCGUGCCGCAAGAAGAAGACGCGCACCGUCUUCUCCCGCAGCCAGGUCUUCCAGCUCGAGUCCACCUUUGACAUGAAGCGCUACCUGAGCAGCUCGGAGCGCGCCGGCCUGGCCGCCUCGCUGCACCUCACAGAGACCCAGGUCAAGAUCUGGUUCCAGAACAGGCGGAACAAGUGGAAGCGGCAGCUGGCGGCCGAGCUGGAGGCGGCCAACCUGAGCCACGCCGCGGCGCAGCGCAUCGUCCGCGUGCCCAUCCUGUACCACGAGAACUCCGGCGCCGAGGCCGGCAGCGCGGCGGGCAGCGCGCCCGUGAGCCAGCCCCUGCUCACCUUCCCGCACCCCGUCUACUACUCCCACCCCGUGGUCACAUCCGUGCCGCUCCUGCGGCCGGUCUGAGGACGCCCCCCGCCCCGCAGCCACCCCAUCCGCCACGCGGCGGGCGGCCUCCCCCUCCCCACCCCAGCCCUGCAGGGCAGCAGAGCAGCCCCGAGGACGCGGAGCAGCUGGCAGUGACCGGUGAUUUGAUUUGGUUUUGUGAGUCCCUCCACUGAGUCGUGCAACUCAUCCCGCCAGGUAGUCGAUGCUCUCUUUAUUCUGACAUUAAUUAAUUCUUCUCCAUGAUGCUGAUGAUGCUGCUGAUGAUGGUGCGGGUUGGUCUUAGGGCGGCAAAAAAAAAAAAGAAGAGAAAAGAGGGAAGGAAAAAAUAAAUAAAUAAAAGAAAAGUGAUGGAGAUGGGAGUGGAAAGAAGUCGGAGGGGAUCCUGGGGGCGCGGCGCCUUCCGGAGCCGGGAAGAAAAGCUUUGGGGGCGUUAGUUUUAUUUUUGUAAAAAAUAAAUAAAAAAAUUUAAAAAAAGCGGGGGGGGGGAGAAUAAACGAUGGCGGGUCCCUGCUGCCAAAUGGGACUUUUCUGACUUUCCUCCUCUCUCCCCACGGCUCGUGCUGGCGAUGGUAGGACACCUUAAAAGACUCCACCAACCUCGGCUGUUCACUCGCCAGCCCUUUGUACAAAUUUCUGCCUCAUCGCUUCCCCCCUCCCCCGCCUCCAGGUUUUGUACCUUUUUAGGGUCCUGAGAUGGGACUGAGCAAGAAAUGCAGCCAAAAAGUAACCGGUGAAAUGUAUACACCCUUCACGUGCUCCUUUAUUUAUUAUCCUUUCUUUAGAUCCUUUUUUUUUUUUAAGACCGUGGAUUAUUAUUUUCUUUGCUUGAUUUUUCUUUGCAAAGGUAUCUCGUUAUUGGAAAAGAAGCCCCCAGUGUACCCUUUCUGGUUUCUUCUGUAAAAACAAAAAACCAUUGUACUUCUGAACUGUGCAAUAUUGUACGGAUAUUCCUGAGCGCUGCUUUUGGUUGAAGGGGGAGGAAGGGUUCUUGGGGGGUUAGUUAGUUAGUUUGUUUGUUUGUUUUCAAUCAUUGUAAAACUGGGCUCCUUCAUGUAGUGAACAAACGAAGUAAAUUUAAAAAAAAAGGGAAGGAAAGUGAGAAGAGCAGGGCGGGGGCACAAACACGAGUCAUGCCUAUAUACAUAAAUCAAGGAGGGUCGGUGUGCGGGGCGCUUUAAGUGAAGGACAAUCAAUCUUAGAAGAAUUUUAAUUUAUUUGAUAUAAUGUACAGUUUCUUGUAAAGUCCAUGGAGUAUGUGGAUUUUAAUAGACCGAAAUCAAGUGCUGAGUGGCCACCUCCAUUCUCUUUCUCUCUCCCCCCCCCCUCUCUCUGCCUUUCUGCCUGUGCUCACCUGUUGUAUGAACAUUGUUGACUGUCAUCCCAAGGGGAUCUCUGUCUCUCUCUCUGUCUCUCUCUCUUUUUCUUUCUCCCUCCCACCCCCCAUCUGCCAGGGAUUGGUCCUAUUUUUAGAACAACCAAUAUUGUUAUAACUGAAUGUUGUGGUUGAAACAAAUAAAUAAAACCCGUUCCUUAUCGUUUUGUGAGCGUGGCUUUGGGAAACCCCACGGAACAGGUGUCCUGAAGCCUCCC